GACACCCGCCGGGACAAGUAGCAAUUAUAACCCCCGCCCCCCCUCCUCACUCCCCGCUUGGAAGCGUCUUAAUUCGGUGGCUCACAAAGGUUUUAAGCGGCCGUGCGGGAAUUACCCGCAGUCCGGUCCCCCGCAUUUAGCACGGAGCUAAGCGGACCUGGAGCGAGCCGCCCUCUCUUCAUUUGUCAACAAAAGCCCUUCCCCCCACGCAGGCUCCUUAAAAGGAUGGUUUGGCCAACAACCGAGCCGUGGCUAACGUUCUCGCUUUCCCGUCGCCUUCAUAUGCUGCAGUGUUGACUUCCCCCCUCACCGUCGCCGAGCUAGCAUGGCGGAGCGUGCGGCCAAGCGGCUCUGCUGUAGGCCGGGCUACGGCUCGACGUGUCGGCCGGACCAGCGAGCCGGAGCCGGCGCCGGGGCUCCGUCGGCGGAGAGCCCGGAGUCGUUGCUGGACAUCGCGGCGAGGCGCGUGGCGGAAAAGUGGCCCUUCCAGCGGGUGGAGGAGCGUUUCGAACGGAUUCCGGAGCCCGUACAGCGGCGGAUUGUGUACUGGUCGUUCCCGAGGAGCGAGCGAGAGAUCUGCAUGUACUCGUCGUUCGGAAGCGGGACGGAGGAGCCCGGCGGCCCGGAGAGCGGCGACGAGACUCGGCUGCCCUUCCGCCGCGGCGUCGCUCUCCUGGAGGGCGGCUGCGUGGACAACGUCCUGCAAGUGGGCUUCCACCUAAGCGGCACGGUGCGUGAGCCGGCCACGCCCUCGGAGCCGGAGCUGCUGUGCAACGUGAGCGUGAGCUUCGACCGCUGCAAGAUCACGGCGGUGACGUGCGGCUGCGGCAACAAGGACAUCUUCUACUGCGCUCACGUGGUGGCGCUGUCGCUGUACCGCGUGCGCAGCCCCGAGCAGGUCAAGCUGCGGCUGCCCAUCUCGGAGACGCUCUUCCAGAUGAACCGCGACCAGCUGCAGAAGUUGGUCCAAUACCUGAUCACGGUGCACCACACCGAGGUGCUGCCCACCGCGCAGAAGCUGGCUGACGAGAUCCUGUCGCAGAACUCGGAGAUCAACCAGGUGCACGGCGCUCCCGACCCGACCGCCGGGGCCAGCGUGGACGACGACAACUGCUGGCAUCUGGACGAGGAGCAGGUCCAGGAGCAGGUCAAGCUCUUCCUGUCUCAGGGCGGCUACCACGGAUCCGGCAAGCAGCUCAACCUCCUCUUCAGCAAGGUGCGAGAGAUGCUAAAGAUGCGGGACUCCAACGGCGCCCGUAUGCUGACGCUGAUCACGGAGCAGUUCAUGGGGGACCCUCGGCUGGCACUGUGGCGCCAACAGGGGACCACCAUUACCGACAAGUACAGGCAGCUCUGGGAUGAACUCGGGGCGCUGUGGAUGUGCAUCGUCCUCAACCCUCAUUGUAAGGCCGACCAGAAGACGGGGUGGCUCAGGCAGCUCCGCCGCUGGAACGGCGUGGACGUGUGCCCCCUAGAGGACGGAAACCAGGGCAGUAGCCAGCUCAGCAACAUCACCAACGCCAUACCACGAGGACACAACGCCAAUCCCGACUCACCUCAGCGCACGGUGUUCACGCGGGCCAUGGAGGCCUGCGACCUGCACUGGCAGGACGCCCACCUGCAGCGUAUCCUCACCGAGGACCGCUACGUCGACCGCUGUCGCCACGACAACCCGGACCUCUUCGACGGCCGGGGGUGGCCCCUGUGGCACGAGCACGUCCCCACGGCGUGCGCCCGCGUGGACGCCCUGCGUUCUCACGGGUACCCCAAGGAGGCGCUCCGGCUGGCCGUGGCCGUGGUCAACACGCUACGCAGGCAGCAGCGCAAGCAGCUGGAGUUCUUCCGCACUCACAAGAAAGAGGUGCUCCACAAGGGCAUGACCUCCGUCACCAACCUGGAGGGCUGGGUGGGACACCCGCUGGACCCCGUGGGCACCCUCUUCAGCACCCUCACGGAGACCGAGACGGACGCCGUGCUGGACGAGGGCGAGACGCCGGCGGCGCUGGCGGCGGAGGUGGCGCUGAUCGGCCUCGGGCAGCAGCGGGUCAUGCCCGACGGGCUCUACGCGCAGGAGAAGGUGUGCCGCAACGAGGAGCAGCUGCUGGCCAAACUGCAGCAGGUGGAGCCGGACGACGUGCUGGUCAACGUCUUCCGCAAGCAAGCCGCCAUCUUGCUGGACGCUGGUCCGUACAGCGGUCUGGGCGAGUUGCUGUACAGAGAGAGCGUCCCCAUGCAUACCUUCGCCAAGUAUCUCUUCACCUCGCUGCUCCCUCACGACGCCGAGCUGGCCUACAAGAUUGCACUGAGGGCCAUGAGGCUGCCGGUCCUGGAGUCUAGCGUGACGUCCGGCGAUCUGUCCCGCUCGCAUCACAUGGUGUCGGUGGUGGCCAAUCGUUACCCUCGCUGGUUCACCCUCAGCCACAUUGAGUCCCAGCAGUGCGAACUGGCGUCCGCCAUGCUCACCGCUGCCAAAGGUGAUGCUCGCAAGCUGCAAACUGUGCUCGAGUCCAUCCAGAAGAACAUCCACUCCUCCUCGCACAUCUUCAAGCUGGCCCAGGACGCCUUCAAGAUCGCCACCUUGAUGGACGGCCUGCCCGACCUGACGCUGCUCAAAGUCUCUCUGGAACUGGGCCUGCAGGUGAUGAGGAUGACACUGUCCACCCUCAACUGGCGGAGACGAGAGAUGGUGCGCUGGCUCGUCACGUGUGCCACUGAAGUCGGCGUGUUUGCACUGGACAGCAUCAUGCAGAGCUGGUUCACCCUCUUCACACCCACAGAGGCGACAAGCGUGGUGGCGAGCAGCAUCAUGUCCAACAGCACCAUCGUGCGCCUCCACGUGGACUCUCGGCAGCAGCAGAACUUGGCCAACUCGGCACGGACCCUGGCCCUACAGUGCGCCACGAAGGACCCGCAAAACUGCGCCCUGUCGGCCCUGACGUUGUGCGAGAAGGACCACGUCGCCUUCGAGACGGCCUACCAGAUCGUGCUGGACGCCGCCUCCACGGGCAUGAGCUACACGCAGCUGUUCACCAUCGCGCGCUACAUGGAGCCUCGCGGCUACCCAAUGCGGGCGUACAAGCUGGCCACGUUGGCCAUGACGCACCUGAACCUCAGCUACAACCAGGACACACACCCGGCCAUCAACGAUGUCCUGUGGGCGUGCGGCCUCAGCCACUCGCUGGGUAAAAAUGAGCUGGCGGCCGUCAUACCGUUGGUGGUGAAGAGCGUCAAGUGCGCAACGGUGCUGUCGGACAUCCUGCGGCGCUGCACGCUGACCGCGCCAAGCAUGAUGGCGCUGCACAGUCGCAGGAACACGGCUAAGCUGAUGUCGCUGGACAAGGCGCCGCUGCGGCAUCUGCUGGACGCCACCAUCGGCGCCUACAUCAACACCACACACUCGCGCCUCACGCACAUCAGCCCGCGACACUACGGCGAGUUCAUCGAGUUCCUCAGCAAGGCGCGCGAGACCUUCCUCAUGGCACACGACGGCCACGUGCAGUUCACGCAGUUCAUCGACAACCUCAAGCAGAUCUACAAGGGCAAAAAGAAACUCAUGAUGCUCGUGCGAGAGCGAUUCGGCUGACUGAUGAAAAACAAAAAGAAAGAUAAGCACCAAAACGCCACUUUUACUUGAGUUUUAUCCUACAACUUGAAAUGAACCUAAAGUCUUAUUGAGUCUUUGAACAUUUCAAGCGAUUGGACCGAGAUGUGAAUGACAAAAGACUGCAGUAAAUCUGUUUAUCGCAGGGGAUGCGUUCCUGUCUUGAUGACAAUAUGCUAUAUAGAGACCAUCGCUUAAAAAUCGGCAAUAUAGUGGGGGCCACCAACGAUGAACCGUAGUGUAGCGGGGGUUCACUGUACUUGGGUGCAUCUGUGACUGUGAGACUUGCUUUUUUUUUUUUUUUUUUUUUAAAUGAAUGAGUUUUACACUGAAUACAAACGUUAACCUCCACCUCGCCCGUCGCUUACAACCUCUAAGAGAAGAGCGGCUUUGAACCAAAUGGAGUGACCAAUCAGUACCUCUUCUUCUUUUAGUAUCCAGCUUUAUGGCACCAUGUUGGGGUUAGAAUUAGGGUUGGGAUUUGGGUAGAGUUAUGGUAAGGGUUGGGGGUUACAGUAUAUAUUAGGGUUGGUGGGACCCUAACCUCAACUCAUUGAGGUGAGGGAUAGAUAUGGUGUAAGGGUAGGGUUGGGUUAGGGCGGCGCGGCUGAUGUUUGGAUUCCAGUUGGGGUAAUGUUAGGGUUAGAAUUGGGGAAGGGUUGGAGUUGGGUUAAGUUCGGGGGUCUGGGUUGGAGUUGGGUUAAUGUUGGGGCUCAAGUUAAUGUUAGAUUUGGGUUAAAGUUAGGGAUAGACAAGUGGUAAGGAUGGGGUUGAGGACGGAUUUGGCUGGGUUAGGAUGAGGGGGUUAAAUUUAGGAUUAGAGUUGGGGUAAGGGUUGGGUUGAGGUGCCGCAGUUCAGGCUUGGGUUCCAGUUCUGUCCCAGUUUCAGGAAAACCUCAUUUGGUUUAGCUUGCUUGCUGCACGUUAACAGAAAACUCAGGGAUUUCUCUUGGGCGGAAAAAAAGAAGAAAGGAGAACAAAAGCAUUUUAUAUGUAAAUAUGAAAAAUAUAUGGGCAACAAAUAUAUGUUAGCUAAUUUAUGACAGAAGAGUCUAUGUGAGGCACAAUACUUGAAGCUGCAGUACUUUUUUUAAUACAAAAAAAACAAAAAAAAAACAUAUCACGAGGACUUGACAGGAAGUGGACCAGCAGAGUGCAUUGUGGAAGGAAGAGCGAGCAAACCCAACGAAACUGCUUCAAGUUUCACUUCCGAGCUUCAUCCUGAGAAAUGUUCCUCUCCUGUGGUCCUGAGCAGCCUUCUUUCUUGCCUUGUCGUCUUAACGCUUUAAAACAACCAUAUGUAAAAACCAUUUCAGCAUUUAUUCCAUAUGCUUUCUAUCCAGCUCCAGGUCCAUGUCGUACCCGCUUUGUCCUCACGAGUAGGACAACUUUUGCAUACACUAACUACACGGAGUAAUUUCUCAAAACUGCUUUCCAUACAACCAAAUGGGAGCUGUGACUACCAAACGUUUGUGUCUUUUAUUUUUUCUUUCUUUUUUUUUUUUUUUUUUUUUUUUUUGAUCAUUUCAGCUGUGUCGUCGUUAGUGGCUUUUGUUUUAGAUACUGUUAUUUAUUACGCUAGAUAAAAGGAAAAGAUUGUACCGCAGCGUGGACAUGCUCAUGAAACUGAUGUUUGAUACACUGAUCCGUUUAUUUAUGUAACUAAACCACUGUUUUAUAAACUUGUUCAAAGAAUUGUUUGCCUUAUGGAUUAAAUGUUUAGUUCUUGUUUUUGAAAAGGAUGAAA